AAUCGAAUUGAAGAACCAAGAACCAAAUCUUCUACAUACAAAUAAAAAUGCCAUAUAAAAUGUGCUUGUUGCUGCUCAUUUUUCUUUGUUUGGUGGCUGAUGUUGUCCCUGCAACCGUUGAAUGGAGAAGGGCUGCCAAAUUUUCAAAGGGCGAUGGGCAUGAUAUUCAUGUAGUUGCCCACAACCACCACCACAGGCCAAAGUUCGCUCCCGGUGCUUGGAAGCAUGCUCAUGCCACAUUCUAUGAAGGGGGCUCUGGAACCUUUGGGGGAGCUUGUGGAUACGAGGACGUGGUAAAAGAAGGAUAUGGCCUAGAAACAACCGCAUUGAGCGAGGCAUUGUUCAACAAAGGGCAGGGAUGCGGGUCAUGCUACGAGAUCAAAUGUGUGGACGACCCUAAGUGGUGCAAGCCAGGGCAGCCAACUCUCAUGGUCACCGGUACCAACAAUUGCCCACCAAACUGGAACCAAGCAAGUGACAAUGGAGGAUGGUGCAAUCCUCCGCGGGAACAUUUUGACAUAGCCAAGCCUGCCUUCGCCAAAAUUGCCGAGUACAAGGCUGGCAUUGUUCCUAUCAUGUACCGCAGGGUUCCAUGCCUGAGGAAAGGAGGUAUAAAGUUCACAAUAACUGGGAACCCAUAUUUCAACCAAGUGCUGGUGUGGAAUGUGGGAGGAGCUGGUGAAGUGACGAGCUUGCAAGUGAAGGGCAACAAGAACCUCAAAUGGACAGCAAUGAAGCGGCUGUGGGGUCAGAAGUGGGAGACCGACGCCAAGAUGGUCGGUGAGUCGUUGACCUUCCGAGUCAGAGGGAGCGAUGGAAGAUACUCAACGUCAUGGCAUGUUGCCCCCAACAAUUGGCAGUUUGGGCAGACCUUCGAAGGCAAGAAUUUCAAGUAGACAAAACUUGCAGGUUUCUUCUUGACCCCUCAUGGUUGAGUAUGUAAAAAUUGUAAAUAUGCUUGCUGGCUAUCCAUUGUAGGAAUUUUAUAUUUUUUGGGUGAAUUUCCUCUUUCAUUUUUUGAAGGAAAAAACUGUAACAUAUUUAACCCUCAUCAUGUAAAGAGAGUUAAUGAAGUAGUUUUUAGAAAUUCCUCUCAUGUAUAAUAUGGGCACUCUUUAACUACGUGUGUACAUUCACCACCCAACUCCCUCAGCAACCCGGCCACCAUUCUCUCCCUCUCCUCAUUCACCCUCAGUACUCAGAAAGAUUAAAUGGGAAAGGAAAAAGGACAUGUCUGUCACAGUUUCUAAUUUACCCGUAGUUUCGUCAUUGUCAUCUCUGUUCUUCAACAAGCCGAGAAACCCUAACCCUAGCGGCGCCGUCAGACACGGUGGCUUCUUGUUCGUCACUAUCGUCACCUUUCCAACUUCGGAUGUGAAAUAUCCUUUAGAUUGGGCCGUUGAAGUGCUUGGAAUUUGUAGAUUCUUGGCAUCUUGAAACCAUCCUUCCCCUCUCUCAUUUGUCACUGGAGGUCGAAGGGGGAGGGAUAGAAGGAAACAUAUACUUUUUUUUCUUUGUU